UAUUUAAAGCAGUCGGCAGUCAUUCAAGCAAAUCUCAAAUAGUGCUUCAUGUGUCCCACGGUGCUGAAACUAGAGGGGCAGAUAGUUUUUGUUCCCAAGGGUUUGGGUGUAUCUUGGGCAUAUGAGAGGACUCCACCCCUUUGUGCAUGGGUAUUUUUCCUACCCAUUGGCUGAUUUGCAUCGUGCUGAGGCAGGCCCCAUCUGUUUCAUCUCCUAUGACACCAGGUGCUAAGAGCAUUUGUGACUGUGUUGUGUUGAAGCUGCCCAGAUGCCUCCAUGAUAACCGUAGUUCAAGAUUUGUGAAACUAUUUACAUUUUCAACCUAUUAUGGCUUUGAACAAACUCGGUGCCAGCCUGGCUAUUUAAAUGCCUAUGUUUGCCAAAACAGGGUAGAGCUUAAGGCUUUUAAUCAAAUUGUUAGUACUGUGCUUUUAGAACAGCGCUAUUAUUUCCAGGAAAAGGUGAAGAAUGCCCAAAAACUCUGAUUGCCUUUGGUUUUGGACAACCCCAUUCAACUACAGAGAUGGAGGAUAAAAGCCAAGGCAAGGGGAUCCUUAUGUGGUUUUUGACUCUGUCACUGAAACCCACACGCGCGUGUUGCAAGCUGGUGGCAUCUAAUGAGCGUUGCCUACACCGCACCAACAUUAAUCAGGGAACAGAUAUCUUCAAGUGAACUACGGGUUAGGAGCCUGCAGUGAGCAUCCAGCAAGUCCUUGUUCAGGGUGGAACCAACUGUAAAGGGCGCAGAUACCAACUGAACCAGAUCUGGGCAAGCUCUUAAGUAUGUAAUCAAUGUCAGAGAUGUUUUUCCUCAUCCGUGCAGAAGUUGGAGUUUGUCCGAGACAUGUCUCAUCUGUACUUUUUUUUGCAGUGACUAACACCGUUUCCUCUCAGGCUAUGACCUUGAGAACCUGCAAAUGUGGGAGUUGACCCAGUGGUCACGGGGAACAGGACCCGCGAGCAGCGCCCUUGUCAUGCAUGCAUUGCAAGGUCAUCCUGUUUUUCUCUUUUAGCUCUCUUGCUGACAUUGAGAGGCCUGGGGCAGCCAGAGAAGUCGUGAACAGCAAAGACGGGUUAACUUGGUGGUUCCUCCCUCUGUUCAGAGACAGCCACACUCCAAGAACUCAGCCUCUGGAGUAAAGUCUAGUGCGAUGUGGGGAAAGGGACAAACUCAUCUUAAAUGUCAGCCCGGCAUCCCUGGGGGUGAGAAGUCUGGGAAGGAGCUAGAGGAGGUGAAGCUGCAGAACACCAGCAAGCAGAUUGUCCAGAAUGCCAUCCUGCAAGCCAUGCGGCAAGUCUCCCAGGAGAGCCUGCGGAGGGAAGGCAGACCCGGUGACAGCAGGGCCUGGGGCCAGCUGGGAGGGUGCGAGCUGACCAAGAAACAUGAAAAGAAGUAACGGGUGCUGCUGGCUCUGGCUCUUGUCCCAUGCUUGGUCUCUGCCUUUCCUGUUAGCAUAGGACGUGUCGCCAAAAUGUUGCCAAUAAGCGAAGCAGCGUCAUGGAUGCCUGUCAGUAGAAUGAGUUCACGCUAGCCUUUACGACAAGCUGUGGUUUGCAAAGCUGCGUUAGGGGCUCUUCAUGUCUUUGUAAUACCUCUGGAAGCAGUUGAGCCAGACAUGGCACUCACACCGCGAAAGUCAUUUUAUAACAAACCUAUUUUCCAAGUUCUUUAAAAGAAAAAAAAUUCUACAUCUUGUUUAUUUAUACAUUCUUUUUAUGUAUAAUUCAACCAGCAGCCUUUAUUCCCCUUCAGAGCUACUGAGUGCAGUCCUGUGUUCUUCAUAACUAUUAAAAGACACACUAGAGAGAUGACGGGAUAGGGAUUUAGCCCUGUUCAAAUACAGGCUCACAGGCUGUUACAAUGGUAUAAGUAUAGGUUCAAGGUCAAAUUGAACAGGCAUGUUCUGAGCCCAGCCCUGCACUACAGCCUAUGUUUAUAACACUCCAAGAAAAAGAGAGGGAGACGCGUUUAUGCUGUGUGAGAACUCAGCCCUUUUAAUCUCUGUUCUCUGAAUUGUUUGCGGUUGGUGUUUACCUUCAGUGCGGAGAUCUGGUGUUCUUAGCUGUGGGUUAAAUGAGAUGACUGAGUCUGUAUGCAGAACUGCUGACGAUGCAGUUCUUUGGCAGCCAUCUUGGACAGCCAUACUCUGUGCAUAUACUCUGAGUCCCCACGCUGCUCCUCACCCUGCAUUGACCUACCCCUAUGGGUGGAGAGGGCAGCAUCCUUGGCAGGGAGUCUGGACCCUAUGAUCACUGCUCCAUCACCCAGCCCUGCAUUUCCACUGGGCCCCCUACUGACAGGGAUUCUCCUUCUUCCACAAAAGAAAUCAGCAUGACCACUACAAAAACCAUAAGGUCACGGCUCAGGAAACUGUUUUAUUUUUAAUUCUCUGAGGCGCGUAAACAGAACGAGAAGAGUGAAGUGGCUGCAGGCUGAAGGGGUUUGGAGAGAUGUGUGCGCAUGUGUAUCAACGUAGCCAUCUCCAUGCAACCCCAUAACUUCUUGCUGCUCCUGUGUGGACAAUAGAUGUCUCUCUGAAGACAUCCUUUAGAGUCUGUUUACCGUGCUUUGCAGAGGCCACUGGGCUGGUGCUCCUUGGGAUAGCAGAAGAAUUUAGCCUUGGUUAGAAACCUCUGGUCUACAGAGUGUCAGUGUCUACACUGACACGUGUUCUAAAUGCCAAGUAUUGCUAGCACACAAAAUGUGGCUGGUGUUCAGACACCUCCAGAAUUCCAAUAUUCUAUGCUAUGUGUGACCAGGGAUAAUACAGAUAACAUUAGAUGGGUAAAACUAUUUAUUUUUGCUAUAUUAGACUAUAUUUGGUGGUGCAUAGGUGGAACAAAUUAAUUUAGAGAGAAAGAAUCCAUGGGAGGCAGAAGGUUUGCAAUCUCAGAUAUUGUUUAUUCAUUGAUGUUUUAAAAGCAGAGCUCAUGGCAAUUAAACAAUGAACCUAAGAUCAUAUGGUGACACAGUAGUGUAGCCAGGGCGGCAAGUCGGGAUAAGGGCACUUGGAGAAAUUAUCCAGAUGUGCCCAAAAUGAGAAGCAAACCCAGUGCUUGUAGUUUGCAGGUGACCUGCCACUGUGUCUCUGCUGAGACAUCUGUCUAUAACCCACCUUGUUUCUCUGUCAAAUGUCAGAAACAUAAAUAUGUUAUCUUUCUUCUCUGGUGUGUAUGUACUACUACGCUACGGGUCUGGGAAAUAUUAUUAAAUUCUGUAUCUAAAUACUAUUUAUAAAUAAACUAUAUCCAGCUUUGAGAUACGUA